GCAGUGCCCGACUCUUGGCUCCGGCCCGGCCACCAUCCGCAGUACCCUUCGUUCCGUCCUGCACAAUGAUCGUCGCCAGCAUUAGAACCAGUUUCUCCCGCGUGAAGCAUCAGCUCUCGAAUAAUUCCUGCGAGACGCUUUUUUGGCUUGUUAAUUUUAUGGCUAAGUUUGGAGGCUAUUCGUUUUUUCAAAAGAAAAUUGGUGCGCCAUUUUGGUUGCUGCACCUCGGCCUCACUUUCCAUACAUACACCAUCGGGACCUUCAUGUACAACAAGUUUUACGCGAAGGAUGUUGUGGACUACGUUAACAGCUUCCUCAACAUUUCAGUCUUGCUCCUCAUCAGCAAUGCUGGCUGCUGGACCUUGUUCAAAAGGUCCAGCUUUCAGGAAGCGCUAAGUAUGGUGAAGAAGAACGACGACCUGGUGAAGGAGUCGGAGAGGUUCUCCUCGGAGCACGCGAGCCGGCUGCGGUUCAUCAAGAUGCUGGUGCUGGCCAAUUUCGGCUUCCACUUCGUCAACGACGUGUUGAUCUUCUCCACCGCUAGGAUUAUCGACGUCAAUGACAUCAUAGUGUCUGCUUGUGCGGGAUUGAAUCCACUAUCGGGGACUCUGAACAUGGCGGUGUGCAAAGCUGCACUAACAUUGCAAGAAUUCACGGCCAUUAUCGUGGUCGGGACGUACGACGCUGCUCUCAUAUUCCUCGUCACCCACACCACCGCCAUGUGUGACAUUCUUCGACUAGAUAUCGCCAGCAUCAGAGAAAUUUCUGCCGAAUCAAGUCACUAUAGAGACGAAGUGAUAUCGAAUCGACUCAAAAAUAGUAUUUAUCGUCAUUCAAAAAUUCUGCAGACAGUGAAAAAGCUACAACAUAUAUAUGAAAUUUUCAUUGGCGUCGACUUUUCAAAUUAUGCCAUGUCUCUCUUGGUAUUUUUCGUAUUACCACUAGAUAUUUGUUUAAAAUUUGGUCCCCUUGUUUCUCACAAUCUUCUUGUGUUCUUUCUGUAUUGCUUGUUAGGACAACGACUCACAACAGCUGCGGAGAGGAUAGAAAUAGCGAUCUAUGACUGCGGCUGGGAGAACUUCACAAAAAAAGAUCGCAUAACGGUGUUAUUCAUGCUGAAGCAGUCGCAAAAGCCUGUCGUACUGUUUGCAGCUAAAGUUGUACCUAUCUGUAUAUAUACAUUCGCAUAUGCAAUGCAGACGAUCUACAAAUUUGUCACCGUAUUUAAAGUCUAGUCUGUCAGGAAUUAGUAAAUUUUAAUGCAGUGAGUAUAUUACGAUAAAUAAAUAUAUAUGUUCUUAUUUCAAAUAUGUCAUAUAGAUAAGUUUAUCGCACCACCUUGCUAUCUAUGUUUCGUCCAAUUGUUGGUAGAGAACGUCAUAUACCAUUCAAUCCGCCAUAUAUACUUUUUUGUAUUGUGUGCAAUAAAGUUUUAAUUAAAUAUUUUAUGACAUAGGUUUGCAGAACUGGCCGAAUGGAUAAAGUUCAGAUCUAUGUCAGCUACUUAUUCGAAAUAAAUGCAGAACUUUAUUUUGUCUUUUCGUGUGCCUUCAUGAGUUUUUCGUGUGUACCAUGUAGAAAUGUGUUGAAUGAAAACUAUUUUUA